GAAAAGAAAAGAAAAACAAAAAUAAAAAAUCUGUUGGGAAAGUGUCACACACUUCGCGUGUUGGUGUCGUUUCUGCUUUUUCUCUCACUACUCUCUCUAUCUUUCCGUCAUUGGCCGGAACCCUAAUUCGAUCUGCCGGAACCCGCACUCACCGUAAAUGAUUGUACGAUUGAGGAAUAGGUGAGAUCAGAGGGGCUGGAUUUCCUCGCCGAAUGGAGGGAGGUAGCGUCUUUAGAUUUUGUUUUUCUGGGAUAAUCCAUGGAUUAUGAUGACAAUGAUUUUCAAAGCCAGAAUCUCCAUAUACCUGGUGAAGGGAGCACAAAAUUUCCUCCUGUUUUGAGGCCUUAUGCUCUCCCUAAGUUUGAUCUGGACGAAAGCCUUCAAGGGCAUUUAAGAUUUGAUAGUUUGGUUGAAACUGAAGUUUUCCUUGGUAUUGAAAGUAACGAAGAUAACCAGUGGAUUGACGCAUACUCCCGUGGGAGUAGUGGAAUAGAGUUUGGUUCAACUGCUGCUGAAACUUGCUCUAUUUCAAGGCACAAUAAUGUUUGGUCUGAGGCCACUUCCUCAGAAUCUGUUGAAAUGCUAUUAAAAUCUGUUGGACAGGAGGAAUUUAUCCCAAGAGAAACUGAUAUACAGGAGUCUGAUGCCUUUGAUGAACUGGCAUGCUUAGCUAAGCAAAUGGAGCAUGAUCCAAAACCUGAUGAUAGAAAUGAAUAUAAAGAUAACGCUACUGAUUUAAAGCCACCAGGUUUUAUCCAUGAAAACUUGGCUGGUUUAAAAGAAGAAGAAAGAGAGCAGUCUCUGGCUGUAGUUUCCCAAGGUGAACUGUCCAUUGAUGGGAGUUUAAGUAAUCUGCCACCACAUGAUUUAUUGGGAAAUGAUGACUUGCCUGUAGCUAGGGGAAUUCCCAUUACCGAUAACAACAAUGAUGAUGCAAAUCAACAAAAAGUUGAGAUUGUGGCUGAUGGUUCUCUUGAAGAAAAAACUCCAGAGGACUCAGCUGCGUCUGGGCUGAAGAAUAGUAUUACUGUAACUUCUAUACAAAACAUCUCUUCUACUUGUGAAGUAUCAGAGAUUCAAAAUGUGCAGAAUCAUGUAGUUCACAUGGGUCACGAGGAGCAAAGUUCUUUACAGAUGCAAUCUAAGGAACACGAUUUGGAUUCUUUGGCGAUUAACAAAGAUUUUGAUGUUGAAAUUCGAACUUUGAAUUUAAAGGCAGUUGGGGGAGAAGAACUUCUUUCUGAUAAACCUCGUUGUUCAAUUCCUAUGGAAGAAGCAUUGGAAAGUGGCAAUGUAGUUGAAGGCUUGGAGACUUCUGGAAGUAGUUUAGGGGGGUCCUUGGGCAUGGUAUCUGAUGAUAUUUCUGGCUUGCAGAACACAGGAAGAUCCAGUGAAGAUGCAUGUUUCAGAGAUUUGUCUUCAGCCAAUGCAAAUGAAGAUACAAUUGUGGAUAAUCUAUCUGCUGUAAAUACAAGUGAUUCACCAAUUGUUGCAAUUAAAGAUAAUUCCAGUUCUGAGGGACAAAUAAUUGGGGUCAGCAAAUCUGACCAUAGUACUUGUCCUAAUUUUCAGAAGAAUACUGUUGAGACUACAUAUAGCGUAAACAGUGAUGCUAAGAAAAAUGAGUUAGCAAACAAUGGUAACCAGAUGGAUGUGGAGCUUUCAUUCAGUAAGUCAGAGGCAUCUAUUUCUGCUGUUGGGAAUGAUAACACUUCUACUAUUAAUGAAAGGAAUGAUGAUAAAAGGAAUGAUGAUAUCAAAGCAGGUGGUUUUGCAAGUUUAAGUUCAGUGAAUUCUACAACAUCAUGUAUUUUGGGUGAGGAAGCACAGGAAUGCGAAAAUGACGAGCCUGAGAGGCAGGGUGGCCAUGAAAGCUUUUGUCAAGAUAUUUCUGCCAUUGACCUAGUGAAUAAAAAGGCCACUACUGAUUCCAGCGUAAUGCAUUGCAAUGUUGACCAACCACAUCAUGUUGAUUGCGGAGUUAGUUCAUCAUCUCUUAGUACAGAUAACAUGGAAACUAGCUUGACUACUGCCAGAGUAUCAGAUGAUGUUGAGCCUGUCAAUAAUUCAGAUGUUACACUACCUAGUAGAGUUGUAUCCACACAUGGAGUUACAGAUCACUUUGAAGUUCAAGGAGUGAUGCUUGUUGGGUCUGCUUCUAUUGAUGAAAAGGACAAAGCAGAAGCUACCGUAGCCAAUGAAGCAAGUGCUGAAACUACCUUAGCUAAUGAAGCAAGCGCUGAAGCUACAGAAACCAAUGAAGCAAGNGCUGAAGCUACAAAAACCAAUGAAGCAAGCGCUGAAGCUACAGAAACCAAUGAAGCAAGUGCUGAAGCUAAAAUAUGCAUUGAAUUAAGCUCUGAAGGUAAAAGAGCCAAUGAAUCUAGCUCUGAAGCUAAAAUAGUCAGUGAUGUAAGUUCUGAAGCUAAAGUAGCAUAUGAAGCAAGUUUAGCACUUCCUGUUGGGUCGUCUGAACAGGAAACUGCUCCUUGUCCUGAUACUGGAACUAAAAAAUUACAUUUUUUGGAUACAUCAAGGCAACCAUUGUACGAGACAAUAAGCAGUUGUGUGACAACUGCUUCUGGAAAGAUGGAUAAACCUCAUGAGACAACAAGUGAUAAGGCUGAUCAGGAAUGCGCAAAAGAGGCUGGUGUGGCUCCAGUUCUCCAUGAAUCGAUAGAGAUGCAGGGUGAUGAAGUUUCCAUUUCUUUUACCAAGGAUGACAAGGAGGCAAUACCAGAGUUCCAUGACAAGUCAUCCUCAAAAGUAUCAGGUAAAGAUUUAUUGGGAAAUGUAGGUUCCAAAUCUUCUUUGGCUGAUUCUUGCACCAAGUUGCAUGAAACGGGAAGCAUUCCUGCCAACCAUACUGAUAAUGCUUGUGGUACCUCUGUUAAUUUUCAAAGCCAACCUGAAACUGAAAAAGACGUGAAUCAAGUUAAGGCUUCCGGUCAUCUAAACCCUUCAAUUUCUGAAUGCAUAAAGGCGGAUGCAUUGAACAUGUCAACGGAUAAUGAUCCUAAGGGGAAUGGUGCUUCUAAUGACGAGAGAAGCUUAGCUCCUGUGGCAAAUUUGCCCAAAAAAAGUGUUUCAGGAAAGACCACCAAAGGAACAAAUUCUGGCAAGAGGCAACGAGCUGCUGCCAACCAAGCUUCAAUGAAGGUUGGAGAGGAAUCUCCACUGGCUUCUGUAGUAGGUGCUCCCAAAACCAAAGUUACGGGAAAUAUCUCCCUUGGGACUCCACAAAUAUCUGAUGGUGUCAUGGCACUCACUGUGUCUCAAGGAACACCUGAACCCAAACCUAGGCGAUCCUCUAAUAAGACAGCUGGAAAGGAAACUUCUAGGAAAGGAAAUAAAGGAAAAAGUCCAGGAAAACAUUCAGAAAGAGGGGAUAGAUCAACUAGCUUGUCUUUGAGCCCGUCCCCUGGUUUCCAGGUGAUGCAAUUGAAUGAGGUGCAGCAAUACGGGCAUGUUGAUUCUGUCAGUACAAAGCAAUUUGCUAUUUUAAAUGCUUCCACUUCUAGCCUUCCAGAUUUGAACUCUUCUGCUUCUCCACCUGUUCUGUUUCAACAGCCUUUCAUGGAUAUUCAGCAAAUACAAUUGCGUGCACAGAUCUUUGUCUAUGGAGCAUUGAUUCAAGGCAUGGUACCUGAUGAGGCCUAUAUGAUAUCAGCUUUUGGGGGCCCAGAUGGUGGAAGGAGUAUAUGGCAGAAUGCCUGGUCUUCCUGCAUGGAGAGGCAGCAUGGUAAAAAAUCUCAUCCCAUGAACCUGGAAACGCCUCUGCAAUCAAGAUCCGGUGCAAGAACCACUGAUGUAGCGGUUAAGCAAAAUGCACUUCAAGGUAUCUCUUCACCUCUUGGUGUAGCCGGCAACAAGGCUACUCCUACAAUUGCGAACCCAUUAAUACCCAUUUCAUCACCCCUUUGGAGUUUACAAACUCCUUCCUGUGAUUCCCUUCAAAGUGUCCUUGCAAGAGGUUCUGUUGUGGAUUAUUCACAGGCACUUACUUCGCAUUACCAAACCCCUCCUUUCAGAAACUUUCUGGGACACAACACAUCUUGGUUAUCCCAAACCCCCCUUCGUGGAUCAUGGACUCCAAUUCCUGCCUCUGAGAGCAACACUUCCCAUAUUUCUGCGUUACCUCUUACUGAUACAAUUCAGUUCAAUUCUGUCAAAGGAUCAUCUGUUCCUCCAAGUAUUAAAAAUGCUCCUCUUGGUCUGCCAGCUUCUAGUGCAGGCGGGCAGAGUGUCUUUUUGGCAACUACCCCUCUGCAUGAUACAAACAAUGUUAUGGUAUUAAAUGCUCAGCAUUCUUCAGAUCCGAAACCCAAAAAAAGAAAAAAAAGUAUGGUGUCUGAGGAUCUUGGGCUGAAAGCCAUGCAUUUGCAGUCUCAACUAGUACCAACUCCUGUUGUAAGCAGCCGUAUAUCUACUUCUGUUGCCACUGCAACCCCUGUUGGGAGUGUGCCCAUAGCUACUGUUGAAAAACCAGUUGUGUCUGUAACUCCUCUAUCUCUUGCUGAACACGUCACAAGUGACUGGAAUGUUAAGAUGAGGAUUUUGUCAGAUGAGUCUCUUAUAAAAAUUAAGGAGGCUAGAGAGAAUGCUGAGGAAGCUUCUGCUCUUUCUGUGGCUGCUGUGAAUCAUAGCCUGGAGAUAUGGAAACAGUUGGACAAACAAAAAAAUUCUGGACUAGUGUCAGAUAUUGAGGCCAAAUUAGCAUCUGCUGCAGUAGCAGUUGCUGCUGCUGCUGCUGUUGCAAAGGCAGCUGCUGCUGCUGCCAAUGUUGCAUCAAAUGCUGCAUUGCAUGCAAAAUUAAUGGCUGAUGAAGCAUUAGUUUCAUCUGGUUAUGAGAGUUCUUGCCAAAUUUCUUGUUCAGAGGGUAUGAAUAACUUAGGAAAAGCAACCCCUGCAUCCAUCUUGAAGGGUACUAUUGGAACCAAUAGCUCUAGUUCUAUCAUCGGAGCUGCGAAGGAGGCUGCAAGGAAGAGAGUGGAAGCUGCUUCGGCUGCUAGAAAACGAGCUGAAAAUAUGGAUGCUAUUGUGAAGGCUGCUGAGCUGGCAGCAGAAGCUGUAUCCCAGGCUGGAAAGAUUGUAACUAUGGGUGAUCCUUUGGCAUUAAAUGACUUAGUAGAAGCUGGUCCAGAGGGUUGUUGGAAUGCAGCCCGAGAAUCAAGUCAGCAAAUUGGCUUGUUAAAAGACAUGACCAGUGGUCUGGUUAGCGGUGACAUUAUUGGAGAUAGACCUGGAGCUUCCCAGAUACGUAAUAGAGAUAUUUCAUCUGAUGAAAAGGGGAAGACUGCUGCAAGAGAGAAUUCACCUUUUCAUACAGCGCAGAGUGAGAUAUCUCAGGACCAUAUGAAAGGCAUUUAUGGCUUUUCUUCUAUUAAUGUCAAUGAAAAGAGUUCAAAAGGACCAAACCUCGUCAAUCCCAUUGACGAGCUUCCUGAAUCUGAGAUUGAAAUGCAGGCUGCUUCCACAGCUGGCAAUAUACCUGAAGAUGUGGAGGAAGAUCGCAUAAAGGAGGGCUCACCUGUAGAGGUUUUCAAAGAUGGAGUAGGAUUUAAGGCAGCAUGGUACAAAGCCAAAGUAUUAAGUGUGAAGGAUGGUCAAGCUUAUGUAAGCUACGAUUUGCCUGUAGAUGAUGAAGGUGCUGGGCCUUUGAAGGAAUGGAUUUCACUUGAAGGUGAAGAAGACAAACCUCCCAGAAUACGCAUUGCUAGCAAUAUUACUGGUUUGCGUAAUGAAGGGACGAGGAAGAGACAAAGGGCAGCUAUGGUAGAUCAUAAUUGGUCUGUUGGGGAUAGGGUUGAUGCAUGGGUAGAAGACAGCUGGCAGGAGGGUGUUGUCACAGAUCAGAACAAGAACGAUAAAACAAUAACUGUUCACUUCCCAGUUAGUGGAAAAACAUCACUUUUCAGAGCUUGGCAUCUACGUCAAUCUUUUAUUUGGAAGGAUGGGAAAUGGAUUGAGGCUCCCAAGGCUGGUGCAAAUGACAGUUCUACGCAUGAGGGUGAUACACCUCAUGAAAAACGACUCAAGUUAGGUAGUCCUGCAGUAGAGGUAAAGGGUAAGGACAGGAUUCUGAAAGGAACCACUGCCGUGGAGUCAGCAAAUCCUGGCGAGUUCAGGUUACUGGACUUGACUGAAAAUAAUAAGGUGUUCAAUAUUGGGAAGAACAGCAAGAAUGAAAAUAAAUCUGAUGCACACAGAAUGGUAAGGACUGGUCUUCCAAAAGAAGGACCAAGAGGGAUUUUUGGUGUUCCUAAACCUGGGAAGAAAAGGAAAUUUAUGGAAGUAAGCAAGCAUUACGUUGCUGAUGGGACAAGUAAGAUCAACGAUGGAAAUGAUUCGGUUAAGCUUUCAAAUUUCCUGAUACCUCAAGGUACCGGUGGAUCACGUGGGUUGAAAAACACCUCAAAAAAUGAUACCAAGGAAAAACUCGGAGCUGGCUCCAGGCCUGCUUUUAAGUCUGGAAAACAGCAGAGUGUUUCGGGGAGAGUGAUCCCACCGAAAGAAAACACUUUAUCAACCUCUCGUACUAAUGAUAUGACAAGUCGUACAGAAAGGAUCAAGGAUUCUUCAAGUCAUUUUAAGAAUGUAUCUCAGAGUGAAAAUCAGGUGGAAAGAGCGUCCUAUUCUGGGAACGUUGGAGCUGGGGUUGGACCAAUCUUGUAUUCGUCCCUUGAGUCUUUAACUGAUUCUCAUUCCACUAAAAAGACAUUAACAUCAAGAGCAAGUAAAGGAAAACUUGCACCUGCUGCUGGUGGAAGGUUGGCUAAGAUUGAUGAGGAAAAAACCUUCAAUGGAAAUCCUGUGAAGUCAACAUCUGAUAUCGCUGAGCCUCGUAGAUCUAAUCGCAGGAUACAGCCAACUUCUAGACUAUUAGAAGGACUGCAGAGCUCUUUGAUUAUCUCAAAGAUUCCUUCUGCUUCACAUGAAAAGGGUCACAAAAACCAGAAUCGGAAUAUUUCUAGGGGGUAACCAAGGUUAAACGAGAAGUUGCUAUAUGCGGUUUAGUUGGAAGAACAAUACACUCGGCAUAGAUGUGUAUAUUUAUUUAUAAUAGGGAACAUAGGAAUGGAAAUUCUUGUUUCCUUUGUUUUAGGCAGACUAGUCAAGUAGAUGUUUAUAUGAUUUUAUGUUGUUUACAAAAUGAUUAAAUUUGAUCCUGUAGGCUGUAUAUGGAAUUUAUCCAUGUUGACUUGUUCAUAGAAAGGUUUGUUGAUAUGAUCAAAUGGUAAAGUCAUGUUCCUCUUCUCCUUUGGAUA